CUCCCCUUUCCUCCAUAACCCAAAUUCCCACCCAUUAUACUCUUCUUCCUUUCUUCAUUCUCCAUUUUCCCUCUCUCUUACACUGUUUUUCUUUUUCAUCAUCAAGGUAAAAACACACUGCCCCUAACUUCCCUUUCUUCGUUUUCCCACUUUAUGAUCCCAAAAUGGGUAAUUUAUGUGCUUGUCUCGCACCCAAAUCGAUAAAGAAAAAACCCACCAAGCGCCUUCCCAGCCCAACUUUGCCUAACAAUUCCAGUAAAAGAUGGACCCGAGUUCGUUCUUCGAGGAAGGACAAACCCGAUGCUGCUCUGACUCGAGAGCAGGUUCUUGCCGCCGCGAUUCUAUUUCAACAGCACCAACAGCAUAACGCCCGCGACCCUUUUGAUCGGACCACUUCGCUUCGAUACCCAAAAUCUGGGUCGAAGAAUAGUAACGUCUUGCCGCGGAGUUCGAGUUCCCGUGCUCGGUCUCUUACCGAUCCCCUGCUUCAACCCCAUCAGCUUGUUAGCGAGAAUGUUAAACCUGAGGAUAUAGAAACAAAUCAUUUUGUUCUUGUUCAUGGUGGUGGCUUUGGUGCAUGGUGUUGGUACAAAACCAUAGCACUUUUAGAAGAAGGGGGUUACAAAGCUACUGCAAUAGAUUUAACUGGUUCAGGAGUUCAUUCGUUUGAUCCAAAUUGCAUCACUAGUCUUUCGCAAUACGUGCAGCCCCUUACUGAUUUCCUUGAAAAGCUUGCUGAGGGAGAAAAGGUUAUCUUGGUGGGCCAUGAUUUUGGCGGUGCAUGUAUAGCUUAUGCAAUGGAGUUAUUUCCUUUUAGGAUUGCAAAAGCCAUAUUUAUUGCUGCAGCAAUGUUGACUAAUGGACAGAACACUUUAGACAUGUUCUCCCAGCAGGCUGGUGCAGAUGAUCUAAUGCAGCAGGCUCAGACAUUUUCAUACGCAAAUGGGAACAGCCAUCCUCCAACUGCUAUCAACUUAGAAAAAUCACUGUUGCGGGACUUAUUUUUCAAUCAAAGUCCUGCCAAGGAUGUUGCUCUGGCAUCUGUAUCAAUGAGACCAAUACCAUUUGCGCCUAUUUUGGAAAAACUGUGCCUUUCCGAUUUGAAAUAUGGAUCAGUCAGACGGUUUUACAUCGAAACUCCAGAAGACAAUGCCAUUCCCAUCACAUUACAAGACAGUAUGAUAAACAAAAGCCCCCCACAACAGGUGUUUCGGCUAAAAGGGGCAGAUCAUUCCCCUUUCUUCUCAAAGCCUCAAGCUCUAAACAAGCUAUUGAUAGAGAUCUCAAAGAUUAAAACACCAUCGUAGCAAAGCAUCAUUUUAGUCAGAAGCAAGGAAUUUUUGCGACAACAAGUAGAUAUUUUGAGGAUACACAUUUGAUAGAUAUCUCAUUCAAGUCACACACCUACAAUUGAAAGCUAGAGGUAACUUCUUUGAUUUGUUCUCUGUCUCUACAUGAAUUAAUUUGAAAGCUUUGCUUGGAAGAACAAGUAGGUGUUGGAGGUUGAAGAACAUUGACAUUUGAAUAGAAAUAUUCACCAGAAUUUUAAUGCUUUUGUAGGAAAUAACAGUCCGCUUUGAGGAAAGAGCAUUGGAAAUGAAUUCACUUUCUUCUUACUCAACUUGUUUCCUCUGUAUUCAGAAAGUGUGUAUAUUGCCUGCACAUAUGUUAAAGGUUUAAUGAUAUCAUCAUCUUUUAUCCAUUUGAACU